AUGCUGGGAAGGGGCGGGGCCGGCCCGGCCCUGGCGGGGAGGGUCCCUGUGCUGACCCUGAUGAAAGUGGCAGCGCAGAACCUGGUGCAGAACUCCAGCAUCAACAACGGGCAGAAAAGCGCCGACGGGGCUCUGCACCGCUUCGACAAGAACCUGGAGGAGUUCUAUGCCCUUUGCGACCAGCUGGAGCUCAGCCUUCGCCUGGCCCAUGAGUGCCUCUUGCAGAGCUUCGACAGCGCCAAGCACGCCCCUGCCCUGGUGCCGGUGGCCCCCAAAGGCGAGGGGGAGGCAGGCGAGACCUCCCCCUACACCCAGUACCUGCCCCUCAUCAAGGCCCAAAUCGCUGGCACCAAGGACAUCCACAACGCCCUGUUGGAGGGGGCCAACAAGAUCACGGGCAAGCUUUCCCCCCCGGGGGGACCCUGAGUGUUUUGGGGGGGGGCCACGGGGGUCACGGACCCCCCCACAGACCUCGCAUGGUGGUCUGAGGGCAGAUACGGGGGGGGGGUUGAGGGGUCCUGGUACCAUGUGCAGGGGUCUGAGUGCAGGCAUACUGUGUGGAGAGGUGUUGAUCCCCCCGGGGGGGCCCUGAUUUUUGGGGGGGCCCCCACAGGGGUGCUGGAGUCCCCCCCAAAACUCCCACAGGGGUCUGAAUGGGGAUACAGGGGGCUUGGGGGGUCCUGGUGCCCAGCAUGGGGGUCUGAGCAUGGAUAUGGGAGUCCCGGUGCUGGGUUUUGGGGUGCUGAGCCUU